AUGGGUGUCGGAGAGCGCCCGAUUGGCUCGAUGGGCAAGGCUGGAUGUGGGAGAUGUGUAUGCUUUGCGGUGAGGGCCAUGUUUUGGGGCGUCAUGAUGCUGGCGGCAUUGGGCAUCGUGUCCAUGUUUGUCACAAACAUCAGCUUUUACAAGAGGACGCACAGGACAACAAGGCUCCUCGUCCUCGCUGACAGUUUCUGGAAAGCUGGCUUCUACAGUGUCUCCAUCCUCGGAGUCUUGACGGUGCUCUCUGCCCUGGUCCACGGCAAGAACUCUUCAGAGGAUAGUGUCAAGGACUUCUGGCAGGGGACGCGCUUCGUCGAUCGGAAGAGCUUGCAGCAGCGCGGUUUCAUCAUCCAGCCCCUAGGUCUCUAUUUCCUCGGCGGCUUCCUCUUCAUUACGCAGGUGGUCCUAGAGGAGAAGAUCAUACCAGGAGCUGAGUUGGUAUCCCAGAAGUCUGAACAGGGACAUAAACGGUUUGGACGUCACCACGUUCUUGGUGAUGAAGUCGAGCCCGAGCACAGGUGUUUCUUCCUGGAGCAGGUAGACGGCAAGGUGGCUGCUGCUCUCCCCAACACCCACUGGGGGAAUCCGCCCUACGCGAAGCUGCGGCAGUUCAUGUUCCGCGGAUGGAGUGGCCAGGAGACACUGGAGCACGCACAGAUCAGCCACUACAUCAAGUCCGAUCGAAGCGUGCUCUCCUACCUGGAUGCCCUCUGGGGUGAGCACAUGCGCAGGAUACCCCCUUCGCAGUUGUCUUCAUGCUAUUAUGCCAAGGAGACGGUCGCCUCAUUUGCACUGAACCUCCCCACCGACGAUUUCAACGUAAAGUCGCUGCUGAAUGUCAGCAGCACGAACAGCAGCCGCCCAGAACGUUUCGAAUUUGCACCGGCUUACCUUGGCGCCGACGGCUGGCCCUGGAAUCGGCGCACUCUCUUUGCCAAAGAUUACAUGACGGCUUGCCUGUAUGUGUGCUACAGCUGGGCGGAGGGCUCUGCGGUUGCGAAGCUUCUGGAAUGCGGUAUGGUCAUCGGGGGUGGCCUUACAAUCGUGCUGAUUGCAAACGCAAUAGGACAUCAACUGGGCAGCUUGCUCAUCACUCACUCCACGCAGCCAAACGAGCUGGUGCAGGCCAUGUUGAGAGACUUCCGGGUGCUUUGGUACGCUCGACGCGCGAUGAUCCAGUUCUCCUGUCCGGGUGGACUCAAGCACCUCAAGCUCGAGAAUGACCCCGAGCUCAAGAAGCUGGAAGACACCUUCCGGAUGUUCACCCGGCUCGCGUGGCAGGCGCUGGGGUGGAUCUUCCUGAAGCUCGUUCUCGCCACCGUUGUGGUCUUCAAGAUUUAUCGGCCGCUGGCCAUCCGCUACACUCACUCCCUGGCUGAUCGGGCAAUCCUGAGGUGCUUACUGUAUCUCAGCGUCUUCAACCUUGGCCUUCGGUCGGUGCUGUGCUUUACGAAGAAGGUUUGGCGCGAAGGAGAAGACGACAGCUUCUACGACCAAAGCCCAGCUACAGUGGCUUUGGUCCCGGAUGCACCAGAGGCUCGAGCAUCGACUUCUGAUUCUGAGCGAACAGGCAUGGUCACCUACGACCUCUACGAGUGGAUAUCGCUCAGUGGAGACGAGGUCAUAAGCCUCCUCUUCAGCUACACCAAGCAAAUCGGGACCGAGGACUUGUUGGAGCCAUACCAGCAAAUCAAGGUGAAGCCGGCUCGGACAGUGCAUUUGGAUGGCCUUAGAUUUGGCUUCUGCAUUGGGCGCGACGCCACGGGGGAGAUCCUCUCGGACAAGCACGGUGCUCUUUGGGCAGGUGCGCAGGUCCAGGUGGAGUUUGACAGGGGCGAUGUGCAUUGCACAAAGGAGGAUCCACGGGUCAAGCAACUCACCGGCAAAGAAGAUCGGGAAGAUGAAAAGGAAGAGGUUCUGCAACAGAAGGUGAUUGUGAACCUUGACCCCGUCGACCUCAUCCGAGUGCAGGCAGAGGAGAUCUUCACGGAGGAAAAGUUCCGCCAGUGGUUGAAUGCCAAGGUGGACAAGAGGAAGGUGGACGACAAGGGGGAUCCGCUUAUGCCGCAGCCAGUGCAAUCGGCUCCCGGCGAUGCUGUGGGUGCAGAGGCCGUCAUCGAGGAGGUUGAGGCCCUGGAGGAGGCCUUGCAACAAACGGUGACGCGACAGCGAGCGCCAGGUGCCGGAAAGUAUGAUGCUGCCGUGGCGACCUAUGGCGUGCAGCUGAGGGCGUGGGUUGAUAUGCAGGUGGACGCGCGGCUCGGGCAGCUGUUGCCGAACUUCCUAGAAGGUGAGCUUGAGUCCCUUCGUUCCGAAAUCGUGGCAUCGCAGGAUGUCGCAGCCCAGGCGGGGCAUACCUCCGCAGCCAGGCUGGAGGGGGAGCUAGGAGCGGUGGCCGAUGCCCAGGCGAAGCUGCUGCAGGUCGUCGAGGGCAUGUCGCGCGAGUUGGCGCGCGCGAGGGCUGACCAUGGCAGCGACAGAGAAGCCUGGGACUCCGUGACCCAGGAGAUCAUGCGCGUAAAGGACCAGGUCUCCGCCCUGGAGCGCCACCUGUCGACGGUUCGUGGUGAGUUGGAGGAGGAUGCGCCCCUGAAAGAGCUCGGAAACUGGGCUGAGAGGAAGUUCGCCAUGGAGAGUCAGCGUCUCCAAAGCUUGGAGAAGGAGUUGGGCAACACCGAGGUGCGGCUCGGCACCAAAGUGCAAGAGAUGAAUGCCGAGGUGGCGCGCAUCCGGCUCGAUCUCGAGUCCAAGCUGACAGCGCAGAGGACGGACCUAGAGGGACGCGUCGAAUCACAGGCCGCCCGCCUACGGGAUUUGCCCAGUGGAGUACGCGACCGCGAUCUGGAGGCCCGCCUUCGCGCGGUGAAGGUCGAGCUUGAGGGGCUCGUGGAGUCACGCAACCGCGGGACUUUGGACCUCUUCGAGUCCCGGUUGGCGGAUCUGCGGAACCAGAUUGAGGACAAAUUGGAGACUUUGGUCCAAAGCCGUCUGGAGGUCUUGCGCCAGGAGUGCCAUCAGGAUGCAAAGAGCUGCGUCCAGGAAGCGCAGGUCCGGCUCAGCGAGGACGUCGUGGCGCUGCAGCAACGACUGGUCGCCGAACUGCGGGCGGAAACCACCGCGGCAUUAAAUCGUGAGUCCGCUGCUCUGGCCGCGCUUGACGAGCAGCUCUGGAUCACGGAUCAAAGGCUCGGGCAGCGCAUCGACGAGCUAGCGCAGAGCCGUCUUCGGGAGCGAAGUGCCUCAGGCGUGAAAGGUGGCCGGCUCUUAUCUUCGAUUCUCACAGAGACCUUCGAGGACAGCGAUCGCACCCAGGCAGAGCCGGUCACCCCGGAGGCCUCGAGCCGUCGGGCGGCGCAGCGUAUCUCGGGCGGAGUACUGGCGGCAGCGCAGCGCGCCGCCAAGUCGCUUCUGGAGGAGGCCAGGACGCCUGAGCCAGCCGAGGAGGACGGGAUGCGACGAGACAGCUCCCGCCGCAACACACGCCAUCAGCGGGACAUCCAAGAGGCUGCAAGUAGGCUCCUGCGCCGUGACGACGAAGUUGGAGCAUCACAUCGAUCGUCCAGAAGAUGA